GAAAUACGUGCAGUAAACAAGAAACUCGUAUUCAAUGCGUGUGGCAUUCGAGAAGCUAAAGUUUUGAUGUUUUCUACGGCUUAUUUAUAGCACUAAACAAGACAUUGAUGUCUUUAGUUCCUGUGGAAUGGGUAUUAGCCUUACACGAACGGCGUGGUCGCUAUAUAACUUUAGCAGACAACAACCAACGGGCUAUCAGAGAAGGAGAUACUUACGAUCAUGGAAUGGUGUUUAGUGACAGACCACUGCAUGUUGGUGAGGUUUUUCAGCUGAAAAUUGAAGAAUUGGAGUCAAAAUGGGCGGGGUCGCUGGUAAGAAAUAAUAAUUGUUGCAGGGAUGUUACUUUCGAGGACUGCCAACUUCGUCGGAACGAAAUAAUUUUAAAGUAAGGAAUUAUCAUUUACAUGGAAACCUACCUCACUUCCUAUCACGUACGUAUGUUUUUUUGUGUGACACGAUCGGCGUAAACGCUUAUACACUUAAAAAGGCAUUCCUUAACAUUUCAAACAACUUUGAAGGCGAAACGUUCAAAGUCUGCUUUGUACUGUUAGCACAUUACUGCACGUACAGGAUUAAAGCUCAACAUAUUAUUUUAAACAAUCAUCUGACGUAACAAAAACUUAAUCUUACUUUGAUACAACUGCAUGUAGCUCGUGUUAAUGAUCAACUAUUGUGAUGACAUUAAGGUUUAUAUUGAAUUCACUGGCAACUGUAAGAAGACAGAAAACAAGAGAUAAAAAGACAACAAAUCCAUAGAAUUUCUAUUAAAAUGUGUUGCAGGUCAAAUUUUCAUUCUGGUGAUUUUUUAAACGCUGGCCAUAUUGUUUUCUCCACUCUUGGUUUUCUCUAUCAACCUAAGCUGUUUCUUUUUUGCCCAGUAUUUCUUUAAUCCUAAUCAUAAUAAAACAAUAUUUUUGAAUUGGUAAGAAGAAUUGGGCAGAUCUUGCAGGGUUUGAUCUGCCUCACUUAUGGCUUUCUCAGACAAAACCCUCUUAAUCCAAUUGGAUCUUGUGUACUUAAGGCACAAAUAUUGUCCAAUAUUAUUCGAUAUUGUUCAAUAUUACUGGACAACACACAGUCAAUAUGUUGGCCAACAUAUCUCAAUCAACAUAAAUAUGAUCCUGGUUGGCUCAGUUGGGAGAGCGACGGUCUGCUGAGCGUGUGAGUUCACAGGUUCGAACCCAAGCUGGACCAACACUCAGGGUCUUUAAAUAACUGAGAAGAAAGUGCUGCCUUUGUAAUGACAUCUGCAAACAGUUAGACUUUCUAGUCUUCUCGGAUAAGGACGAGAAACCGUAGGUCCCAUCUCACAGCACUUACACUUAUCUGGUUCCUGUGGGACGAAAAAGAACCCACACCACCACCACAAAAAGAGUAGGGGACAUAGACCCUGGUGUUGUGGUCAACCUUCAUACAUCACAUCAUGGGUAGGGUGGGUACAGUAAGCUCAUAAAUGGAGUGAGAGCAGCUGCCAUUGGCGCCUUUGUAUGCUGACGUCCGAGCUUGCUGUUCACAUGUUAAAAUAUAUUGUAAGAGGGCACGUCUGUUGUCCUCUCAUCCACGACUCUUCAUUCAUUCAUUCAUCAGCCAGCUAUUAGUCGAAAUGUUGUCUUGUUAAACUCUUGGUUGAUAUGUUGGUAUACCUUAGAAGGUGGAGUGUUGGUCGAGAUGGUGGGCGUGUCCUUUGCUUAUCUGCCGAAAUAUCGAUAGUCGACAUGUUGACCAGUAAUAAUUAUUAUUAGUCCACAUGUCUACUGAUAGGUGACCGACAUAUGGCUGAUACUUUACUGAUACCUGGUUGACUCUUCUUCUGGGUAUUAUUUUCUGUCUACUCAUGUUUCUGUUGCUAAGGCAGCAAUUAUUGUUAACCCUUUAAGUCCCAAUAGUGACCAACAUCAAUUUUCUCCUAACAAUAUCCAUAGAUUGUCAAGUGCAACAUCUAUGAGAAUUAAUCAAAUGAUCACAAAGAGAAAAAGCUCUGAUCUUUUAUCAAUUUCUCCCAACUAAUUUUGUAAGGAAAUGUAUAGAGAUCAGUUUGGAGAAUUUGUUUGUGGAUAUUGGGACUUAAAGGGUUAAGGGACUUUGGCAGCUUUGACCUGUUAAAUGUAAGAGUAUUGCAUGUGUCUGCAUAGCCUGCUGAGCAAUUCUCAGCAAACUUGCACCUAAAUGCUUGCUACUCAGGCCAGCGUCCAUGCUUGUUUUCUGUUCAAACGUUACUUUACACCAUAAUGGUAGCAUUGCAUGCUUCAGCACCAUACCAUAAAUUAUUAAAAUGCACAAUAUACAAAAGUGGAGAGAUAUGCCACCUGUGUGUUGCCGACAUCUCAUUGUAAUGUAACACUAGCAGACUAGCAAACGAGUGUCCGCUGGCGCACCAACCAACCACGUAUCAACCAAUAUUUUGGCCAGGUAUUUGCAAUCGUUUCAGCCAAUAUGUGGCUGUAAUGUUGGCCAAUAUGUCUGCCAACACACUCAUCACUAUGAAGGCCAAGUAUUCACAGAGUGUCACAGUAUAUAUGAUCAACUUAAUACAAGGAACUUCAAAGGACACUUGACACCUCCAUAAGAUAACAGUCCCCUUGAAGUGGACACUGUAGAGUUGGUGCCUGGCAUUCUUCAGUCAAUUUAUCCAGUCUAAUCAUACUAUAAAAAUGAAUCUCUCCUUUGCCCACAAUAAUUUCUAACUUGAUAUAAUUCCAAUCAUUAUAUUGAUGCCUGUAAUACAGGCACUUGGCAGACUGCCCUUUGUUGUCCAUUUCUUGGAGUUUCAUUUUAAGAACAUUUAAAAUUAUUGCUAGGGUGAACAGCAGCAUAGAGGUCAUCUGUCAAGUUCAUACACAGGGAUUUCAAAAUGUUUUGAAGUAGGCAUCUGUGACAAUCGAGGGGCUGCAAGGCCCCUGAAGGUACAACCAAGUAGCCGGCAGAACUCCGGCAGUCACCGGCUUGUUUUGAAACCAAUGUAUACAUGCAAGGCUGUGCUCUAAGGAAAAUUGAAGGGAGCCCAGUCCUCUGAAUCAAAAUCAAGGGUGCCCAGCAUAUGAUUUGGAACUCCAGCGGGGCAAAAGUUAGCUGGCUUUUUGGAAACCACUGCAUACAUAGUAACUCUCCCAGAUUAUCUAGGAGUAUCCUGGAUACAGCGCAAAUCUCCCAGCCUCUAAAAUUGAAAUUUAAGGUUUUCUGUGCCUCAGAUUCCAGAAUGUAGUUUAUUUCCCUAAACAUUCAAGUGGCAUUUUUGCAUGUAUUUCUUCUCCAUCAAGAUUAUUCUGUCAAAACAGUGUAUUUUGAUAGUGUUUUACAAUAAUUAAGACUGAGACUGUAUUUAAUGUCCUGAGCCACACCCGUGUUAUAAUUUGGGGACUGAGUUGAACAGUCAUGAUUGGUUAGUACAGUCUAUCAUUUAUUAAUGGGGGGAGGGGGGGGGCUUAUUAACUUUCUUCUCCUGAAAAUGGGUGCUAAUAUUAUUAGAGGGGGGGGGGAGUUACACUGUAUUUGAGAGGGGGACCUAAUAGAGGAUUUACUGGUAAUUAAAAUAGAUUCAUGAAUUUAAUCCAUGUUUUUAUUCAUAUAUUUUCAGAGAUUUGGAAUCACAACCAGAAAUCCCAAUUGUCCUCACACAAGGAUUGUAAGGGCUGCUACAGAUUUAUUCACCCCGGAGGGAAAGGACUAUUGGAUGCUCUCGGGUACUCGGAUUCACAAUGGUGAAAUGGAAAAAGAAUAUUCAUUUAGCAUUCAUACACUUAAAAAUAAUGACCUUAUCGGAGUUCAAGUGACUUGUGAUGGGAACUUAAAUUAUUUUGUCAAUGGAGUCAACCAAGGAACUGCAAUGUCUGGUAUACCUUCUAAAAAGGAAAUUUUUGGUGUGUUUGAUGUUUACGGUAGGACAAAGCAAGUCUCCAUAAAAUACUUUGGAGGUGUGUAUAUGACAAACUGUUAGUAGCCUGUGAAAACAGCCAACAUUUUUCAAUUUCACUAAUAGUUUCUGUGCAAAAUGUCAUCUGAGGAACAAGUAGAGAAAUUUCAUACUGAUGACGUGUCACUACCCACAUCCUUACUUCUGAUUGGUCUUCCUAGCGAAAUUUGCGUCAAGCAUUCAAAAGCACUACCCAGAUCUGGGUAGUGACACUUCAUCAUAAUGGAAUUAUGGACCUUAUUUUGCAGAUAAACUAGUGGUGGCAUCACAAAAUGUUGGCGGUUUUCUUUAACUGUGGCAGGAUUAGCUUGGUUGGUAGAGUGUUUGACUGCAGAGCAGGAGGUCUUGGGUUCGAUUCCUGGGGUUGGACCAAUACCAGGGCUCGACAUUGCGACUCACUGGUCGCCAAUGCGACCAAAAAUUGAGGACUGGCGACUAAAUUUUCAGAACUGGUCGCCAGCUGGCGACUCGCGUUUUGUCCGAUGGCUAAAGAAAACCACGACACAACUUUUGUUUUUAAAUCUUUAUAUUAGGAAAUCAAUCGGACAUGGUAGCUAGUAUCCAACUCACCUUUCUGUCCCCAGUAAAAUAAUGUCUGAAUACUACAAGAUAAUCGAAAAAAUUGAAUGUAUUUCGAAACGUCGAUACUGCGUUCACGACGCGCCAUAUUGUUUCAGUGGCUUCUUCCGAAACUGGGAUCGCAGGAGCACUUCAACACCAUGUGCUUUUCAAUUGGCGCGAAAAUGGCGGCAGAUACAAAUCAGUUGAAGGAAAUAUGUGAGUAUUUACGUGCGGGGAAUGAAGAUUCAGCCAAAAGGUUAAUCCAAACUUUGAAUCCUUCAUCAGUUGUUGAUGUAGGGAAAGUGGGCGGUUAAUAAAUGGAUAUAACUAUCACUAACAGAAAAAGUACCUGAGUGAAUAGUUCUUAACAACGUUUCUUUAUACUUUAAGGUAAGGAGAUAGCGAUUCAAUUCAAGCGGUGCUUCCGUAAACUCCCGCAAUAUUUUAGGUUUUACUUUCCUACAACGUUCUGUCUAAAAUGAAACGAAGACCUAAAAACGGCACUAAGCCCAUUUAUGUUUCCUCCCGGUCGGAGACUGGUACGAGCAAUGUGGUGGCCUGGGCCAAGCAUGGCGUUGUUUGUCUGCAGCGAAAGGCGUCGAGGAAAGCAAGUCGAAAAUAAAGAACGCCAUUUCGUAGAAGUAGCAAAGGGCAAAUACGCAAGGACCCGUGUUUGUCUCAGAAUGAAAACCACGGACUUAAACGUUUUAUGCUUCGCUUCAUUUAAAAUGAUUAUGGAGACAACCAUCACCCUCGGACCUGAGACAUAUCACCUGAGAACAACGGUAGCUUUAUAACUAAGUGUUACUCAUGUUGUUUCUAAUUGUUUUCGCUCUUCGGUUGUGACUUUUCUUGCAUGCAAAGUAACGUAUAAAAUCGUGUUCUUGUGUAAGGGCCUCUUUACAGGGAGUGGGGGACCCUGGUCUAGUGGGGUUGGUUUCUUUUGUUUUCACGCCCUGGGGGACACAAAACAAAAGAAACCUACCCCACUAGACUGGGGUCCCCCACUCCAUGUAAACAGGGUCUAAGUUAUAUAUAAAAUAAGCUGGCGACCAAAAUUUACGAUCUGGCGACCAAAAUUUUUCCGUUAGUCGCCAGCUGGCUCCCGAACGAAAAAGUUAAUUUCGAGCCCUGAAUACUUAGGGUCUUAAGGAAGGUACUGCCUUAAUUUUCCCUGGAAGUGGCUAGACCUUCAAGUGCCUGGGAUGACCAGGUAAAAUGGUGGUCCCAUCUCCAGUAGCUGAUGUAAAAAUGGUUUCCCCUAUUAGUACUAUUGUGCAUACAUUGACACUCAAAUAAAGUUCUUUUCUUAGGCUAUCGGCUUAAGGACCUAAGAUAUGAAGCAACCUUUAAUUUUUAAGCCUGAAUUUCAUUCCAUGGUCAAGAGUUGCUCAAGGGUUAUUUAUUUAUGCUGUCCACCUGCCUAUCAUAAUAUUUAUAGCUAUUCACUUGAUAUUAAAUCACUAUCUAGCAAAACCUCAGCGAAAGCUUUUAGAUGCAUGUCGAGGAAACCAAGUCCUUCUGUCAGCUCUUGAAGGUCCUUUUACAGCCUAAAAUGACAGAUUUCCCUACCCUUUCACAUUACUUGAACUAAUGAAAUCCCAGUAUACCCUUUCGUUGCCUUCCCGCAUAGGCCUUUAUAGGAAAUACCCCCCAUCCCCCCUUUGUUAUAACUGUCGAUUUUUGGUGUUCGUAUUGCCUUUGUGUGGCAUCUUAAACUGCUCAGUGUUAUAAUUUGUGUCGACAUGAUAAUAUAAAACUCUUUUAAUAUUGAUCUAUUCAUUUCUACAGUGGGAACUUUAGAAGAACUCUGCAAGGCUGAAAUUCUGAAAUGGGUGAAAGAUAAAGACAAAUUAGAUGAGUUACCUCUUCCACGGAUUCUUACAGAAUUUUUAAAAGAGUAGUAUUGAAUAAAUAAACUGUACAUACCUAGUUUUUACUAGAUAUUUAUUGUAUAUUGCCAGGAGCAGUGUCUGGAAAUGUAAUAAUAGAUGUUCUUUAAUGGGUUUAUCAAGGUAAAAUGUAUGUGUUAUUUUUUUUUUAUUUCAUAAUAAGUUCUUUGAAGCUCC